AUAUUUCUUUUCUUCAAAUAAGUUUGAAAAACAAUUCAUUGUAUGCCAUAUAAUAUUAUUUAAAUUAAUUUAUUAUUUUACAAUCUAACUCAAUACCAAAUCAUUAUUUGUUUAAAAAAUUUCAAUAUUGUAUUAUGAGUCAUAUCCAGACAAAAUACUUAUUGCCAUGAAUGAAUAAUACAUGUAUUCAUCAAAUUACAUAUCAAGCAAUUUAAAGCACACGGCAAAAAGUGUACUUGGCAUUUUGCAAACCCACGUCAAUAUAAAAAAAAACAUUAAAAAACAAACAUUUUUUUUUAUUCUUUGGAAAAUGUAUCGCAAGUCAUUUCAUAUUGGGCUUCAUUUGUUACCACCUUUUUAGUAAUAAUAAUAAAUUAAAUUAGUGAAAUUUUAUGCAAAAGUUAUAGUGCUAAAAAAAACAAAACAAAAAACUUCUAUGGUAUAUUUACUGGUGUCAAUAAAUUGGCUUUAGUUUCAAAAAAAGUUGAAAAUGAGCAGUUCACGUAAUAACUUUCAGUUCUUAAACAAUCCCCUGGCUAUACGUCAAGAAAUUCAACGAUUUGAAAGUGUUCAUCCAUCCAUAUAUGCUAUUUAUGAUUUAAUUGAACUCGUUCCUGAUCAACAAAUUGCACAACAAGUUCGUGACCAUGUCGUCUGUAUUGAAGAUUCAUUUGUAAAUAGUCAAGAGUGGACAUUAUCUCGAUCUGUGCCAGAGCUCCGUUUAGGAAUUGUCGGAUCCAUAAAUUCAGGGAAAUCUGCGUUGGUACAUCGAUACUUAACAGGUAGUUAUAUGCAAGAAGAAUCACCAGAAGGAGGUCGAUUUAAAAAGGAAAUUUUCAUUGAUAAUCAGAGCCAUUUGCUUUUAAUACGAGAUGAGGGUGGAUUACCAGAAAUUCAGUUUUCUGCUUGGGUGGAUGCUGUUAUUUUUGUAUUUAGUUUGGAAAAUGAGGCUAGUUUCAAUGCAAUUUACAAUUUCUAUACGAAAAUGUCACACUUUAGAAACAGCUGUGAGAUUCCUAUUUUAUUGGUAGGAACACAAGAUUCAAUAAAUGAAAAGAAUCCACGUAUAAUUGAUGAAGCUCGUGCUCGAAAAUUGGCCAAUGACUUGAAACGAUGCUCUUACUAUGAGACCUGUGCAACUUACGGCUUGAAUGUAGAAACUGUUUUUCAGGAUGCAUGUCAAAAAAUCCUUCGAUACCGUUCGCAAAAUUCAAGACCGACAACACCUCAAGCAGGCGGAGGUGUGAGUAGUUCUAUGAAUUCGUUACCACAACAACAAUAUUUUCAAAAUAAUGAACAUAAUUUAGUAUCAAGCCCAUCCAAAGACUUUGUUAAAAGUAUUCAAAGUAGCUUAUUAUCUAUGAAUACAGCGGCAAGCGACACAAAUUUUCAAAUAAAUAGUAAUUUUACAUUGCCACAUCGAUAUCAUGCAUUAUCAGCUUCAAGCCAUCAUAUUCCGCUACGAAGUAGUGCAUCUCCUAGCAAGAAUUGGAAUAUGACGAAACCGCAACAAUCUUGUGAUCGAAUGAGUGCUCCAGUUGCUGCCUUAAAUUCACUUCAAAUAUCUAAUAACAAUGCAAAAGAUAUCAAAGAUCUUCCGACGCCAUCGUCCACACCGACUACAUCUCGAAAAUCCAAUCGAAGACGAUCGAAUUUAUUUAUACCUUCAUCAAAAAAAUCAGAAGCGAAAUUAAGUGAACUUGAGGCACUUGGUGUUGGAAGAGCAAUCCCAAUUAAACAAGGCUAUCUGUAUAAGCGAAGCAGUAAUACACUUAACAAAGAAUGGAAAAAAAAAUAUGUAACAUUGACAGACAUUGGCAGACUAACUUAUCAUGGAUCUUUACACGAUUAUAUGGAUGAUAUACAUGGCAAAGAGAUUGCACUAAAUUGUGUAUGUGUUAAAUUGCCCGGUCAAAAACCUCGUGGAUCGAAAUCCAUCUUAACAAAUAGCACCCUUAGUUCAUCGGUUAACUUUUAUUGGAAGGCAACUAAUAGUGCAAUUUCAGACAGUAUUGCUGGUUUAACACUUCCAAAGGAUCGUAAAACGAAUGAAAAAUUAUCACUGGGCGCUUUUGAUUCAUUGCGUGAUUCAAUUGGAAAAACAAAUAGUCAUACACACAGUGGUGAUGAGGGAGUUGUUCUGAGCAAUAGCAAUUCGCAAACCUUUUUAUCUAUAGAAAAUGCAAAUAAUAGCAAACAUAAUGAAAGUCAAUCGUCUAAUUCAUCCAAUACGAAAAAGAGACAUCGUCGAAUGAAAAGUAGUGGUCUUAAAAGCGGCGAAGUAGAUGACGCUGACUCCUAUGAAUUUAUCAUUGUUUCGCCAGGAAAACAAUGGCAUUUCGAAGCUGCUAGCUGCGAGGAGCGUGAUGAAUGGGUUCAAGUGAUAGAACAUGAAAUUUUUAAGACAUUACAGUCGAAUAUUUCUAGCAAAUCUAAGCCACAAACAUCCAAUUUGGCAACAAUACAAAUUAUCAAAGAACAAGUUUCUGGUAACGGAUUUUGUGCUGACUGUGAUGCAAUAACGCCUGAAUGGGCAAGCUUAAAUUUGGGCAUUUUAAUUUGCAUUGAGUGUAGUGGUAUCCACCGAAAUCUUGGUUCACACAUUUCAAAGGUUCGAUCACUUGAUUUAGAUACAAUUGAAAUACCUCACUUAAGCGUAAUGCUUUCCAUUGGCAAUGCGCUGUCAAAUUCAGUAUAUGAAGCAAAUACGAGAAAUUUCGUAAAGCCCAAUCCACAAUCAAUACGUGAAGAAAAAGAAUCAUGGAUUCGGCGAAAAUAUGAAGCGAAAGAAUUUGUACCGGACAUCGAUCAUUCAAUUCCAAGUGGAAGACUACUAAUUGAAGCUGUAGUGAGAUCUGAUAUACGAUCAGUCAUCAUAACACUUUUACAUAUUGGUGAAGCUGACGUAAAUUCAACUGUGAGCGAGUGUGACUUACGGCGUGCAAUACAUCUUGCUUCAGCUAUGGGAAAUCUACCUUUAGUACAAUUGCUGAUUUGGAAUCAUGCUGACGUUCAUCAGGUAGAUCACGAUGGUAGAACAUGUCUCUCAUAUGCGAGAGCCGCACUUUCGUUAGCUUCAACACAACCGACAAAUGAAAUAAAUGGAUUAAAUUCGUUCGAUUCGACGAAAACAUUAGUCGAAAUGUUGGUAGGAUUAGGAUGUUCUGAUCCGUUACCUAUUACAAGCACCGGUACUCUGCCUCGGAAAAGAGAUAUUCUAAGACCAAAUGUAUUUGAAAAAUUAUCGAGUGUAAUGUAAUCCUAAUGAAUAUUCUUAUGCGCGCUCAUAGUAUUAUCAUACAGAAUGAAAAAAAUAAACAAUAUAUUUUUUUCAAAUGUCUUCA